GAGAGAGAGAGGAGUCGUUGUAAAGAUAACAUCUAUGCGCUAUUACUACUAUUGCUCGCUCGCAUGUUCGACUACCAUCUAACUGCAUGUUGUUUGUUGUCAACUUGUCUACUCGUUUAGACAUUUUGCAGAAUGGAAAAGAAUGUCUGGAACCCAGGAGUUUGGAAGAAAUGGGAAGCACGGGCUUCUGAUCCAGAGAGCGGUAGAGAAAUAAAAUUCAGUUACUCAUAUAUCCCUUCAAAUGACUGGAGUAACGUUGGUCCUGUACUCAGUUACGGUACUGAAUCGGAAAGUUAUGAUGAAACAUUUGAAAGAGAGACAACAUCAUCCGCUGUGCAAGAUCAGAACUACAAAUUUGUAAGGAUAAAAAAUGUGAGUAAAAAGUUUCCUCUGAAGAAAUCAUUUAAAUUUGCUUACCCACUCACAAAUCCUAGUGCAGUCCACCAGAUGUGUAGGUGCCAGGAAAAUGAUAAUUUUUUGUGGCAUCAGGGUGGAAAUAAUCUAGAUACAAUUGAGGUUCAAGGUAAAACCUUUUUAGUUUAUCCAGAGGUUACACCAAACCAGGAACAACGCAUAAUUGUGUCUGAAAUGGUUCAGAGAAACUUCGUGGAUGCUGAGGAAGGAAGUGACAAGGUGUUUUAUUGUUGUAAGAAACGUAGUAAAAUUUUUAUGGAUUGCUCAGGUGAAAUCUGUCAGGUGCUAGCUAAAGAAAUAAAUAAUAAAUAUAGUGUUUUAACUCGCUCAAAGAAUGCUAUACAUUAUUGUUCUUUGAAAAAUGAUUUCAAGUUAGAUGCAAGUGUGUCCAUACAUCAUUCUACAGAUAAAGAUGCAAUAACUAGUGCAACACUGAAUGAUGCAGUUCCUGGGUAUUUUGCAACAGCGGAUUCAAGUGGGUUGGUGUCCCUGUAUGAUAGUUCAAGAUCUAACAAUAAUGAACCUAUCUGGGAGCACUCUCUUAAAGGGAGCAGGUGCGUUUAUCAGUGUGAUUUUGGCAGGCAUGCACUGUCUUUGAUUGUGAAUAACAAAUCAUCGGUUUGGCUAUGUGACACACGAAGUAAACCUACUUCAGGAAAUGAUAACAAAAUGGAAACUUUAUUUAAUGUCAGAGAUUUAGAAGGUUAUAUCAGUCCUCUUGAUAUUAUAUGUAAAGUAGUCCGUAGUGGAUUACAUAAUUUAUAUACUAUCACGUCCAGCACAGUUCUCUUAAUGGAUGAACGAUACUGUAAAUUACCAGCCCUUAAAUGGGAUCACACGUUAACUGCAUCACCAUCAUUCACAACUCGAUGCAUGAUGAAAAAUUUUGAGGUACUUAUGUUUGGAAGCAGCUGUGAUUUUAGGUUAUGUUCCCUGUACCAAGAUUUGAGUAACAAAGCCAUUAGUCAAGGUGUGAGUGGUUUACCAUCGUAUUUAAACAUUGUAAGAGAUACCUUGCAAUUUGCUCAUCAGCAGAAUAUUUGGUUUAAUACAUAUGCUGAUCGAAUUGGUAAUGGAGUCACGGGAAUAUCUUUGUGUAUCAAUCCCUGUGAUGAAUCAUCAUUAUGUCUUCUCACUUUAAAUAACACUGGAGAUAUUUUUAUUCAAGAUUUUCAUGUCCAGAGUAAUAGUUCCAUUCCUGUAAGUGAUAAUCAGGAAAGAGUGUAUGACAGAAUUGGUAAACAAAUUCUUCAGACUUGGGAAAAUCAAGUAAUUGAAUUAACUAUGAAUGAAAAAAAUAAACAAGGUUUAGGAGAGAAAAAAAAUGGCAUUAAUCUUAGUAAACUCUACAGUGACAUGGAAGACAAUGCAAAAAUGAAUGAUUUUUGUUCAGAUGGUAGUCGUGAAGUUUGGAGUGUACAGAAUUAUGUUCUAUAUAGAUUUGCAACAAAGAAGUUGAAGUAUCAUAAUUUUGUAAAAGAUAAUUUAAGUAGUGGAGAAGAAGGAUUAGCAAAAUUUCUUCCUCAGGAAUUUUCACAGUAUCUUAAACCCAAUUAUUAUAAGAAUUUUAAAGAUGACUUGUCCACUUCCUUAGUGGAGUUGUGGAAAGACCAAAUGGAAGGAAAAGAAGGAAUUGGAAGCUCACCCUUCAAGUACAGACUACCACCUCAACUUAAUAAUGUUUCAUUUUCGGCAAAGAAACUGAAGGUGGAUCACACUGUUCAGGACACAACUUUUGAUGAUGACACUUCAUUUUUCUUCACUCCAAAAAAGACUGAUUUAGAUGUUUUUUCCACACCAGUCCAUUUAGGAAAAUCUGAGUUAAAAAGAUCAGCAAAGAGAAAAGUGGAUGGGUUUUGAUGAACAAUGAAUGUAAACUAGGAAUUUAUAAUUUUAUUUUAGUAAAAAAUUUUAUUCAUGCUCUA